AUGCUAACAUGCCUGUCUGUCCACCUGCCAGCCGAGAAUACCAUCCUCAGUUUCUUGACUGCCUAUCGAUUCGGCGCCAAGAUGAUCGAGUUUGACCUACAACUCACCUACGACAAUAUACCCGUCAUCUUCCACGACUACGAGAUCGAGGUGGAGACAAAGGAAGGUGUAAAGAUGCACGAGACCAUAAACCGAUUGACUUUGGACCAGCUCCUAAAGUUGCGCCCUUUAAAGAAGGCACCUGAUCAAAUCACACACGCCAUGAGCAAGAUCAAGCACCAUCGAUUGUCCAGGAGCACUGGUGAUCUGCAUCAGGUGACCAGGGAGGAGAUUGACACUCACCUUCCGCACCCUGAUGUCAUCCACGGUGGAUAUAGCACCUUCCAAGAUGCAUUUGCUUUAGUACCUCAGGAUGUAGGAUUCUUGGUCGAGAUCAAAUAUCCCAACCUUGCAAUGCAAAACCUACGUAACUUUACCGCACCCGAGCGUAACAAGUUCGUCGACAUUAUACUUAAUAUUGUAUUUAAUGAGGCACAGAACAGGAGAGUAGCAUUCUUGACAUUUGAUCCAGACAUUGCCAUUCUUCUCAGAGCCAAACAGUUUAGGUACCCUGUGUUGUUCCUGGUAUGCUGCGAAACUCCAAACUUCUAUAACGUCUUUGAUCCAGAUGUCAACGUCCACGACACUAGAGGAAACUCAAUAAUGAAUGCAAUUGCAUUCGUCAAGAUGGUCAACCUCGAUGGAAUCGUCUGUGACUCUGAGUCAAUUCUCCAGAACCAUUCCUUUGUCAAGGCAGUCCACUCUGAGAAUCUUCUACUAUUCACAUAUGGUAGUAGAAAUGUUGAUCCAGUAAAUGUCAAGGUACAGACAGAGUUGGGUGUAGAUGGUAUCAUUGCUGACAACAUGACCAAGCUUUCUAAACGUGUGAGAACCUGUAUGGAUGCAAGUCUCUCCGAUUAG